AUGAGUAGCUUCAACGGAGACGUUUUCAAAGGCCUCCGAAUAACUCAGCUCGAUGAUAGUGAUGAUGACAAUGUCGAAGCUCCAAUGGACCCGAUUAAUGUCGACGAACAGUUCGAUGAUGAUGACGAGGAAGACGAUGAAGAUUCUGAGCCUGUGAUAUUGGGUUUCGUCGAGAGUCCCAAAUUCGAAUGGUCAAGUCUCCGUCAACUCUUCCCUAAUUUAGCCGGCGGUGUUCCGGCGUGGUUGGAUCCAGUUAAUUUACCAACAGGGAAGUCAAUUCUAUGUGACUUAUGUGAAGAGCCUCUACAAUUUGUACUCCAGCUUUAUGCUCCGUUAACGGAUAAGGAAUCAACUUUUCACCGGACAUUGUUCCUCUUCAUGUGUCCGUCAAUGUCUUGCCUCCUUCGUGAUCAACAUGAGCAAUGGAAACGUGCUCCUGAGAAGGUUAUGCGGAGUGUGAAGGUCUUUCGUUGCCAAUUGCCUCGUGUUAAUCCAUUUUACUCGAGCGAAGCUCCGAAACACGAUGGAACAGACAAGCCCUUGGGACAUGGAGCUCCGCUUUGCUCUUGGUGUGGAACAUGGAAAGGAGAUAAAGUAUGUAGCGGCUGCAAAAACGCUCGAUAUUGUUCUCAGAAACACCAGUCUCUGCAUUGGCGUGUGAGUCAUAAAACCGAAUGUCAACAGCUUCGUGCGGUUACAGAAUCAUCUGGCUCAGGCGUUGUCGAUAAUGGGGUUUCUCUGACUCAAAAGCAUAAAGUUGCGAGUAAGAGUCUGUGGAAAGAGUUUGUGAUGAUCAAUGUGGAUGAAAGUGAGUAUGAUACAGAGAUGUCAGAAGAUGAUGAAGCUGCGAAACCUUUGGUCCCAGUGAGAGAAGUCAACGACGAUAUGAAAUCUCUGAUGAAAGAAUAUGAGGGAGAUGCGGAUAAACAGAUUUGGGUUAGUUUCCAGCAACGCGUAGACAAAGCCCCUGAACAAGUGCUAAGAUAUUGCCGGAGCUCUGGAGCUAAACCUCUUUGGCCAAUGGCAAGUGGACGAGUCUCUAAAUCUGAGGUUCCUAAUUGCAAAUCUUGUGGUGGUCCUCGUUGUUUUGAAUUUCAGGUAAUGCCGCAGCUACUGUACUUCUUCGGGGCGCAGAACGAAAGGGAAUCUCUUGACUGGGCAACAAUCGUGGUGUACACGUGUGAGAAUUCGUGUGACUCUAGCGUAAGUUAUAAUGAAGAGUUUGUCUGGGCUCAACUCUACAGUCAAACUACCUAG